CGCAGUUAUGUAUAACCUGUAUUACAUUUGUAUGAGAAAUAGAUUCGUCAUGUUUAUCCGUUGUAUGGAUGCACAAAUUACGAACAACUUUCGUGAGGCUGAAAUCUACACGAGGCCCGCCCAAGGCAACGGUUUAUGGACUUGCGCUCUUCUUCCAGCUAUUCUUAUCUUUUAUGAUAAUAUAUACAAAGUGUCACCACUCUAUAAACUGAUAACCUGUGUAUCCAUAGGUUUAUUGGCCCAUAGCAUUCUUUAUUUGCUGUUCUUCUAUGUCUCAUGUCUGGUGUUAAGAGAUACUCUGAACGCAGGUUGCUUUUCUGCUGCAUUUCUGUCGGCAUUGCCUAUCUAUUUGAAGUUAGAGCAAAGUCUGGUUGUCGCCAUAGCACUUCCAUUAAUGGCAAUUUACAUAUUUACGUUUUUUUUAAAGCUGGCUUUGGUAAAAUGUCCCAAAACAUUUACUAUUGGAGAAGCAAUGCUGGUAUCACAGGGCAUGUCUCUGAUUAUUGUUACAAUGAUUGCCAGGGUGGUGCUUGGCAGCUAUUAUCCAGAUUAUGCAGAAACUGAUGCUACAAUGCAUUUGAUCAAUACUUAUGUCUUUACAGUGUUCUCUACCGUCGGAUUGCUUGUUGCAGUUCUGUACAAUCUAGAAGAAUAUAACAGAACUUUUGAUAAACUAGUUUUUAUUAUAAGCCUGGCCUUAUUGUACACUUUAAUAGUAUUACAUGUGUCCUAUGGGUAUAAUUGCAUACCAGCGUUUGUAUAUUUUAUCUUUGGAAAUUCAGUGAGAGUCCGACUAUUUUGUUUUUGGCUGGCGCUGGUGUUGUUGUCAGUGUUUAUAAUAGUCGUUCGUACCCGAAAAGGCGACAGGGCAAACACAGUAACACGCAAAGUGUUUCAUUUAUUAGCUACACUAGUUUUCAUAUCUGGAAUUUUGCUUGAUGUAUACUUUAUGACUCUUGCCGCUGGUCUGAUCUUCUGUGUUCUAAUAUUAAUUGAGGCAAUAAGGAAAUCUAAAAUCAAUCCAGUGUCACCCUUUUUACAGUACGCUUUUGAUAUUUACAAGGAUCAUAAGGACAGUGGCAAUUUCGCAAUGACAGCGAUUUAUUUAUAUGUAGGGUUAGCGUGCCCACUAGUAAUUGUUCCUCGUGAGGCAAAGAACCCAGAACUGGAGUUGCUGAGCGGGGUCCUGGCCAUCGGCAUUGGAGACACCGCCGCUAGUUGGUUUGGCGAGAAGUACGGCACUAUGAAAUGGCCUGACGGCAACAGGACAAUGGAAGGCACAGCAUUUAACGUAUUAGCGCAAAUGGUCGCUAUUUAUAUGCUCAACAUUUUUGAUUUGUUAGACUCGCCGUACAUGUACAUUCGCACAGCGAUAGCUGCAACCGUUUCCGCGUUGGUAGAGGCGCGGACGACACAAGUGGACAACUUGGUGUUACCUCUUGUUACUAUUUUAGCUUUUCAGAGUACGACUAUCUUAUGAUACAUUGUAAAAUAUUAGUAAAACUUGAAAGUCUAUUAGUCAAUUAUUACUGAUUAAAUGGUGUUGGGAUUUACAAAAUUGCCAAGUUAUACUACGUUAUUAAAAAAUGAAGUAAUUUUUUUUAAAUCGAUUAAGUAAUAAGACAUUUCCUGAAAAGGUACAGGCCAUAAUGACCCGAAGGAAUGGAGGCACAAACGAGUUCUAAAUAUUGUUAAAGUUAGAGAUACUUAUGUAGCAUUAUUCCACGGGACCUGAUGUGUAUAUUUUUAAGUCUUAUACAUAUAAGUGUUAGAUAUGUAUUGUAAUUUUUCAAACAUUCCAUUUAACUAUGCCAAAGAGUGAGACUUGACAGAUGUUUGACA